UCCUUACCUGGGAUAACUUUAUCCCUACAUUCUCAUCUUCGAUUUGGAAUGCAAUUCUACAUUUAGGUUAGAAUAUCAUACUUUGCUUCCCCGGUUAACAAUCUACUAUUUUUUUCAUUGAAAGUAUUUAUUUACAAUUCUUCUAACGGUUGAAGAAACUUUUAUCCAGAUAAAUCGUUUUUGUCCAGGCUUAUUAUGCUAAUAGCUUGUUAAAUUACUUAGUUAAUAGUAUAUUAUAUGUGCAAUCAAAAAGUACGCGCGUUCAGAGCGAAAAUAACGUUUUAGAUAUACGUGUUAUGCCUCGGGGAAAUCACGAAGAAAAUUCGUGCGACAACUACGUGUCAAGUAUAUCAGCACCAUUAAAGUGUUGGUGCAUUUACACGAUGAUUUAUGAGUUAUUGUAUCUUGUGUUAUUUAUUGACAUUCAUGUGAAAAAUGACUAGAAAAUGGUUGUAAGGUUUUAGAACAUUUUUAACUGACUCACAAGGAUAUAAGGCGUCUUCUUGGCAACAGUGACGUGAUAUUUUAUAUACUUUUUAUGUUGACUUUAACCAGCAAUAAAUAUCAAUUAUAUUACUUUGAUGAAAUUAAUCAACAUAACUAUGAGAGAUUGUUGACAUUUUCUGAAGCUAAAAAAACGUCAAAUUAAACAGAAAACUCAUUUUGUUGUCAACAAGACGUUUUCUUAAAUUAGAAAUUAAUUUCCCGAUUAAUUAAAUUGCUGGGUAUAAAAUCUUACUGUAUAAACAACAUUCUUAUUUCAGUGUAGACUAAAAAUAAUUAAAGUGUCAACGUAGUUUGCGGGGUAAAUAUGUACUGGAAUUUUCUCCCAUGAAAUGUUUUGUUCAUUUUAGAAUUUCUACGAUGGAAAAUAGUGAAUCAUUUACUUUUAAAAGCGGAAAUUAAUGUACUUUGUAAUUGCGGUGUACGAAGACUAACCUAUUUAUCCAAAAUCUAAUAGCAAGAAUUAUAUCAUGUACAUUUAUUUGGCAUAAAAAAUUUCAUAAAUUAAUUACAAUAUUACUUAAUUUCAAACAAGUGUGCAUUUCAGAAUGAUUGUGCACACAGAUUACAUGCUAUUUUAUUUUGUGAACAAUACUACAGAGGAUUUAUCUUAUUUAAUUACUCAGUAUUACCAAUUGUUCAUUAGAGAUUAACAAUAGCAGUGACACAAAUAAUGUAACUUUACCAAUAUUAAUUAUUCAUUCACUCGAAUUAAUUUAUUAUAGCUAAUGAUCCUAAUUAUAUGAUAAUAGACUUAACGAUAUUUACUUUGUGUUGAGGUAUAAUUUACUUAAGAACUCGAGACCAGUUGUUCGAUAAAUGAUUCACAAAAUAAACAAUUGGAAUCAAAAGAAAGCUAAAGUCACCAUGUAUAUAUGUGGAGCAAAAGUUUCUCUGUUCGUUUUAUUAGAGGACAAAAAUUGUGCAAAAAUAUAUAUGAUCUGAUUGAAUAAUAUUUUUCAAUUUUGUAAUAUUUUCUAUUCUCCAUAAUGUUUUUCAAACUUUUUGUAAUACUUCUUCUUUACUUUCAAUGUUAUUUUUGCUUCCCAUGGGUUGAUCCCACAUUUGGAGAUAUAAAUCUAUCAGGAAUGGUAACGAUUUUUGCUCAGUGUCCAGAAAACUCUGAUUGCAAUGAUAAAAUUAGUAAAUAUCAAUGUCAAGGUUAUGUUAUUCAUCCAAGUAUUGUGCUGACAAUUGCAGAUUGUGUACCAGAGUAAUGUUUUACAUUUAUUUAAUUAAAGUUUAUUAUUUUUCUGUAAAUAUUUAAACAUCAAAUUAUUAUUUAUUCAUUGCUAAUAAUUUACUUAGAAAAAAAUAUAAAAAGUUGGUAGAGGUACGUGUGUAUGAUUGGGAAAAAUAUCCUGAUGUAAAAAAUGAAACUCCAUUUAUUGAGAGAAAUUUAGCAAAAAUAAUUCACCACCCAUUUUACAAUAAUUCCGCUGGAGAGUCUAAUAUAUAUAAUUUGGUAGUGCUAAUUCUCGAAAAGCCAAUUCAUUUAGCAGCUGUAAUAGAAUUACCUGAGCUUGGACGUAAUUACAGUAAUGACUGCACUUUAAUUCAUCUCAAAGGAGAUAUGACAAAAGGUCUCAGUGAACAGAGAUAUUUCACUGGAAUAAUAAAUGAAUCCCAUUGUUUUGACUUAAUAAAUGCAGCAGAAUCAAAAAAUCGACACAACACUCACAAAAAUGUUUUAUGUGCUGCAAGUGAAAAAAUAUUUCCAUGUGGAUUGUUUGCGGUGUUGGAGCGGAUGUGGCAUAUCAUCGACAUAUCAUGGGUUAUUACGUUACAGUGGCAUCAGCUAUGAUUUUUUUCCUCGAGAUUACUUGGGCUAUCACACUCUUCGUCCAGAUUUGUUUGAGGAACGACGAGACUUAUUGUACCCGGUGCUGGGCAUCCGUUUUAACUAUAACGAAAGGCUGGUAUAGAGCUUUGUUCUAUCUUCCACUGUCAUGUAUUUUGGCAUGGAAACCACACAACUUGUGGCUCUCCUUUGUUGCUGCUGGGCUUUUAGCGGCUUUAUCUUUGCUCCAUAUUAUAUCAUGCUUAUUAAGUCGAAAACGUUUUAUCCGUCCUGCCAGAGAUACUAUGGGUGAAAGUCUUUUAAGUACAAGACCGGAAUUAUAUGACCGAUUUGAAGAAGUUAUAGUAUCUGAAGUGUUGGAUGACGGGAUUUCCGGUCCAAUUGGUCGACCAGGAGACAGCGAUGCAGAAAUAUGACAUGAACGUCAGCCCUCAUGGGCAAGUGAAACAGAUGAAGAUAGUGAACCUGAGCAAAGGACUUGCCAGAUUGCCACUUUAUCCUAGUUAGAACUAAACGAUGUAGACACAUCGAUUUUAACAUCGUACUCAAGGCUACCUUCAAAUUAUCAAUGUGUAGCAAAAGAAGCGAGUAAUGAAGGUGCCUUAAGAUUACAAGUACGAAGUUUACAUGUCGAUAGUUCUCAAAACUCCUACAAAAUUGUCAAUUGAGUAUAAAAAUAUACCAGCCCAGUAAUUUGGAAGAUGAAGGCGAAAUUUUUUACAAUAAAAAUUCAAAUAUGUGAAUAUUGAUAAAACUAUAAGAUACUUAAUAAUAACGAAAAAAAAAAAGAUGACAAAGAGAAUACUUUUCUCUUUGGUGAAGCAGAAAAACAUUUAUUGUAUGGCAAUUUUAUACGUAACAUUGGAUAAAAGUAAUAAUCAUAAUAGAUAUAAUAGUUAGGCAAUGUAUACUCCAUUAAAAUAUUGACAUAAUGAACUAUAAAAUUUCAAUUGCUAUUAUUGUAUAUUAUAAUAUAUUAUGUGGUAUGAAUAAUGUAUUGAAUAAGCUAUUAAAUUAUUAAGUUUCUGGAGAA